AUGAAGCGGCGGAACGCCGACUGCAGUAAGCUCCGCCGCCCCCUAAAGCGGAACCGGAUCACCGAGGGCAUCUACGGCAGUACAUUUUUAUACCUGAAGUUCCUGGUGGUGUGGGCACUUGUCCUCCUGGCAGAUUUUGUCCUUGAAUUCAGAUUUGAGUACCUAUGGCCAUUUUGGCUUUUCAUCAGAAGCGUCUAUGAUUCCUUCAGAUACCAGGGACUGGCCUUCUCAGUAUUUUUUGUUUGUGUAGCAUUCACGUCAAAUAUAAUAUGUCUGCUAUUUAUCCCCAUUCAAUGGCUUUUUUUUGCUGCUAGUACAUAUGUGUGGGUUCAAUACGUAUGGCACACAGAAAGGGGAGUGUGUUUGCCCACAGUAUCCCUCUGGAUACUCUUUGUUUAUAUUGAAGCAGCAAUUAGAUUUAAAGAUCUAAAAAAUUUUCAUGUAGACCUUUGUCGCCCAUUUGCUGCUCACUGUAUUGGAUACCCUGUGGUGACUUUGGGCUUUGGCUUCAAAAGUUAUGUAAGCUACAAAAUGCGGUUGAGGAAGCAAAAAGAAGUGCAAAAAGAGAACGAAUUUUACAUGCAGCUUCUUCAACAAGCCCUCCCUCCAGAGCAACAGAUGCUGCAGAAGCAAGAAAAAGAGGCUGAGGAAGCAGCCAAAGGAUUACCUGAUAUGGAUUCCUCAAUCCUCAUACACCACAAUGGAGGUAUCCCAGCCAACAAAAAACUCUCUACAACUUUGCCAGAGAUAGAAUACCGAGAAAAAGGGAAAGAAAAAGACAAAGAUGCCAAAAAACACAACCUUGGAAUAAAUAACAACAAUAUUUUACAACCUGUAGACUCUAAAAUACAAGAAAUUGAGUAUAUGGAAAACCAUAUCAAUAGUAAAAGAUUAAAUAAUGAUCUUGUGGGAAGUACAGAAAAUCUCUUGAAAGAGGACUCAUGCACUGCUUCCUCAAAAAACUACAAAAACGCCAGUGGAGUUGUGAACUCCUCACCUCGAAGUCACAGCGCCACAAACGGGAGCAUCCCUUCCUCAUCUAGUAAAAAUGAGAAGAAGCAGAAAUGUGCCAGCAAGAGCCCGAGCGCUCACAAGGACCUAAUGGAGAACUGCAUCCCUAAUAACCAGCUAAGCAAGCCGGAUGCGCUGGUGAGGCUGGAACAAGACAUUAAAAAGUUAAAGGCUGACCUGCAGGCCAGCAGGCAAGUGGAACAGGAGCUCCGCAGUCAGAUCAGUUCUCUCUCAAGCACCGAGCGAGGGAUCCGCUCAGAAAUGGGCCAGCUCCGGCAGGAGAAUGAGCUGCUGCAGAACAAAUUACAUAAUGCUGUGCAAAUGAAGCAGAAAGAUAAGCAGAAUAUCAGCCAGUUGGAGAAAAAGCUAAAAGCUGAGCAGGAAGCCCGAAGUUUUGUAGAAAAGCAGUUAAUGGAGGAGAAAAAAAGGAAGAAGCUAGAAGAAGCUACUGCUGCCCGGGCGGUCGCAUUUGCUGCUGCGUCGAGGGGAGAGUGCACCGAAACCUUACGGAAUCGGAUCAGAGAAUUAGAAGCAGAGGGCAAGAAGCUCACAAUGGACAUGAAGGUUAAAGAAGACCAGAUCAGAGAGUUAGAGCUGAAAGUUCAGGAGCUUCGGAAGUAUAAGGAAAAUGAGAAGGACACUGAGGUGUUAAUGUCAGCCCUCUCGGCCAUGCAAGAUAAAACACAGCACCUGGAGAACAGCCUGAGUGCAGAGACAAGAAUCAAGCUGGACCUGUUUUCCGCACUGGGGGAUGCAAAGCGACAGCUCGAGAUUGCCCAAGGACAAAUUCUUCAGAAAGACCAGGAAAUCAAGGACCUAAAACAGAAGAUAGCUGAAGUCAUGGCCGUCAUGCCCAGCAUAACAUACAGUGCUGCCACCAGCCCCCUGAGCCCCGUUUCCCCCCACUACUCUUCCAAAUUUGUGGAGACCAGCCCCUCUGGACUCGAUCCCAAUGCCUCUGUUUACCAGCCCCUGAAGAAAUGA